AAAGAUCAUCAAAUCAAACAUCAAUAUCCAUGAAAGCCAGGCCAACGACUUUCCCACCCAAUCCAUGUAAAUGAACUCAGGAUACAUGUCAUGUCCCAACGCUCAUUCACAGCAACAAGAAAACGAUUUUCAGCCGUUUUCCAUUACCUCGAAUUUAGCAACUCAAUUUACCAACUAAAGCAAACCCAUGCUUUCUUUCUGAAAACUGUGCAUAAGCCCCAGUGCUCCCAUUUCUUAACUCUUUUCCUCGAUAAGCAACUACAUGUAUCUGGUGACAAUCUCUGCUACGCCCGCCACGUGUUCGAUCAAAUACCCAACUGUAGAAACCAAUUCCUUUGGACUUCCCUCAUACGCUCCCAUGUUUUCAACGGUUAUUUUAUCCAAGCUAUCAUAUUGUACUCUAGAAUGCUGUGUAAAGGCAUUUCCCCAUCUGGGUUCACCUUCUCCUCUGUUCUUAAUGCCUGUGCUCGCGUCCCGGCAGUGUUCGAAGGCAAGCAAGUUCAUGCGAGAGUCGAAAAAUCAGGACUCUUGGGGAACAAGGUUGUGCAAACAGCAUUGCUUGAUAUGUACGCAAAGUGUGGAUUCGUGUUGGACGCCGAAAGAGUGUUCAAUGGUAUGGAAGAGAAAGAUGCGGUUGCUUGGACAGCUAUGAUUUGUGGUUACACUAAGGUGGGAUUAAUGGAUAAAGCGCGGUUCUUAUUUGAUGACAUGGAGGGACGCAAUAUGGUUUCUUGGACAACUAUGGUUGCUGGAUAUGCAAAUUAUGGUGACAUGGAAGCAGCUAAGGACUUGUAUGACAGGAUGAUGGAGAAGAAUUCGGUUGCUUGGCUUGCUAUGAUCGCAGGCUAUGGGAAGUGCGGUGAUGUUAGUAAGGCUAGAAGAACAUUUGAUGGAAUAGUAAAGCCAGACGCUUCAUGUUGGGCAGCAAUGUUGGCUUGCUAUGCACAGAAUGGAUAUGCAAAGGAAGCUAUAGAGAUUUUUAGGGCAAUGAGAGGUCAAAAUGUCAGAAUUACGGAGGUUGGAAUGGUGGGUGUUAUUUCUGCUUGCACUCAAAUUGGAGAUAUUAGUAUGGCAGAGGCAUUGGCUAAGGAAUUGGAAGAAGGAUGCUGUGGUAGGACGCUCUUUGUGUCAAAUGCGUUAAUAAACAUGCAUGCAAGAUGUGGAUGCAUGGAGCAGGCCUGGAUGGAACUCUGUAGAAUGAAGCAGAGGGAUGUGGUAUCUUACAGCACAAUGAUCACAGCCCUUGCUGACCAUGGAGAGUGCCAGGUAGCUUUGGCUUUAUUCUCAAAGAUGCACAAGGAAGGAAUCAAACCAAACCAAGUUACAUUCAUAGGCGUCCUUAAUGCCUGUAGUCACGGUGGAUUGGUUGAGGAAGGAUGCAAACUCUUUGAGCUAAUGACACUUGUUUUUGGCAUAGUGCCCUUAAGUCAACACCUUACUUGCAUGGUUGACCUCCUUGGAAGGGCUGGCCACCUUGAGAAGGCAUAUAAUCUUAUCAUUGAAUAUGGAGAUACCUGGGAUGCUGGAAUUUGGGGUGCUUUGCUUGGAGCUUGUAAGGUUUACGGUAAUGCUGCACUGGGUGAGAUCGCCUCUAGUCAUCUCUUUGAAAUUGAGCCUGAAAAUGCUGGAAAUUAUGUGCUUUUGGCCAAUAUUUAUGCUUCAUUAAAUAAAUGGGAGGACGCAGAGAAACUGAAGAAGAUGAUUUCUGAAAAGGGAAAGAGGAAAUCUCCUGGUUGUAGCUGGGUGCCAAGUUGAGGAAAUCUUGUGCAUUAUUUUUGCAGUACAUGAUUACUCUGCUUAAGGUUCACUCCUUUUCGAUCUUAAGCAAGCAUGGCCCGCAUGCAUGUGUUUGGCCAUUACAAGUAACUAAAUUAGCCCAUGGAAUUGAUUUGAUGAUCCAAUGCGCACGGAUUUGGGUUCUACGAUGUAAUUGACUGAAAAAAAGGGGGUCAAAUGCACCUCCCUGCUACCGCUGGCAAGCUAAAUCUAUCUAUAAUUUAUAUAAUCUAUAAUAUGUAUAUAAAAGCAAUUUUGAAUUGAGGAGAAUUACUUUAUUAUUAAUUAUCUUU